AUGGCUACACUCCAUGCCCCAAAACUUGGAACGGUUCAACUGAAGAACACCAACAGAAACAUGGUCGAUGGAUUAUUAAGCAUGUCAGGUCAAUAUACCAACACAAGGUCCACCACCACCAUGAAAGAAGAAGAGGACUCUACACUGUCUACUACCACCUCCAUCUCUAAGCUAUACUUAAUUGCAGAUGCGGUGGCCGACAGAGUAGAAAUGCAUACCAACAUCGGAGAGCAACGGGACAACUGGAACACCCUCCUCCUCACCUCAGUCAACACCAUCACCCUCACCGCCGCAGCCAUGGCUGCUCUUUCUGCUGCAACAACUACAAACUUUCUCCCUUUUCCAGUUCUCAACCUAUCUUCUUCUCUUUUGUUCUCUGCCGCCGCAGGGAUGAUGGUGGUGAUGAACAAGAUCCAGCCCUCCCAACUAGCGGAAGAGCAACGUAACGCUGCAAGGUUGUUCAAGCAGCUCCACAGGGAGAUCCAAACAACCCUUGCCAUUGGAAAAAAUCCUACUUCAAAGUAUGUGAAGGAUACCAUGGAGAAGGUCUUGGCCCUCGACAAGGCCUACCCUCUUCCCUUACUAGGAGUCAUGCUCGACAAGUUCCCCGAAACGGUGGAGCCCACUGUGUGGUGGCCUUCAACUUCUUCACCAUCAUCUCCACCUUCAUCACCUUCAUCACCACAAGAACGAAAAAGGAAUAUUCUUGGGAACGGGUGGAGUGAGAAGCUGGAGGAGGAUAUGAGAGAGAUAAUUAGGGUAAUGAAGAGAAAGGAUGCUGCAGAAUACAAGAGAUUGGGGAAGUUGGUGUUGAAAAUUAACAAAAUUUUAGCUAUUUCAGGGCCACUACUAGCAGGUGUCGCUGCAGUUGGGUCAGCAUUUGUGGGUUCAUUAUCUCCUUCUCAUCAUGGGGGUGUGGCCUUGGCGGUGAGUGUAGCUGCGGGAGCACUAGCGAGUUUGGUGAACACGUUGGAGCAUGGUGGGCAGGUUGGAAUGGUUUUCGAGAUGUAUAGGAAUUCUGCUGGCUUCUUUAAACUCUUGGAGGAAUCCAUUGAGGCUACCUUAAAUCAAAAAGAUGUGGAGAGAAGAGAGAAUGGACAGUCCUUCGAAUUGAAGGUGGCUAUGCAGUUAGGGAGAAGUCUAUCGGAGCUCAGGGAUCUUACAUCUCAUGCCUCUUCUUUUAGUAGAAGUAGAGAUGAAGAGGGUAGCGAUGAGUUUGCAAGCAAACUCUUCUGA